AUGGCUGUGCGGCCCGGCAAGGAGACCGAGUGUAAAGCGCAAAUCGAGCAAAUCUGCGAUAAAUUCGACGAGUCUCAGAUUUGCAAGGAGAUCCUUCAAAGCAUCAAGUCUCUGGCAGAAAAUCCGAAAGAAGAAGGAAUCAUUAUCGAGGAAGCGAUCAGCGGCACGUCUCGCUACGAAGCCUCGUUUUUCCAGCAGUUCCGGGCUGUGUUUGCGCGCUCCUGGAAGACCACGUACAGAGAUCCCAAUAUCCUCAGAGUCAAUGUCCUACAGACCAUUAUUUUGGGACUGGUUCUCGGGCUUAUCUAUCUCCAACUCGACAUCGACCAACAGGGAGUGAUGAACGCCAAUGGCGUUAUGUUCCUCGUGCUUAUCAAUUUGACGUUCACAAACGCCAUCGGCGUGCUGAAUUCCUUUCCUCUGGAGACUCCGAUCUUCAUGCGCGAGUACGGAAUCGGCCUGUACGGGUCAUUCGAGGCGUUCUGCGUGUUCACAGGCGUUCUCCUCCUUGUGGCCAACAUUUCAGUCUCAUUCGGCUACGUCGUGUCUUCUGCAGUCAGCUCUGUGGACAUUGCCCUGGCUAUUUCCCCGCCGAUGGUGAUCCCGCUUCUGAUGUUCGGUGGAUUUUUCCUCAACGCUGAGUAG